CUCAUUUUAGGGUUACGCACUGAUUUGUAAAGGAUAUAUAAGCGCAACUCUGCUCCUCUCACAAGUUCCCCUACUCAAAAACCCUAGCGGCCUAAUCCUGUUCGAGCUUAUUUCUCCGGUUAGGGUUUUCUGAUUCCAAUCAACUACCAGCAACCAUGGCGGAUGUGGAGACAGAGGUGGCUGCAGGACAGCCAAAGAAGAGAACGUUCAAGAAGUUCAGCUUUAGGGGAGUGGAUUUGGAUGCUCUCCUUGACAUGACCACUGAUGAGCUUGUCAAACUCUUUCCUGCCCGUGCUCGCAGAAGGUUUCAGAGAGGUCUGAAGAGGAAGCCAAUGGCUCUUAUCAAGAAGCUGCGCAAGGCGAAAAGGGAAGCACCACCUGGUGAGAAACCAGAACCAGUUCGAACCCACCUCCGCAAUAUGAUUAUUGUUCCCGAAAUGAUUGGAAGCAUUAUUGGUGUGUACAAUGGGAAGACCUUUAACCAAGUUGAAAUCAAGCCUGAGAUGAUCGGGCAUUAUCUUGCUGAGUUCUCAAUCUCAUACAAGCCUGUGAAACAUGGUAGACCUGGUAUUGGUGCCACCCACUCGUCUAGGUUCAUUCCUCUUAAGUGAAAUGUUUUGCUGCAGCUUGGAUACUCUAGUUAUUUCCUAUUACAUGAGGACGGCUAUGUUGAUCAAUAUUUUGUCUAUUUAAAUUGUUGCUUUAUAUGUCUAGGUCUUUAAACAAUUGUUCUAGGGAUUUUGCUUUGGUUUUGAAUUAUUCUGGAUAUUUUAUGAUAAUAUAAAGUAUGCUCUUGGAUUUUUCAA